CCGAGGGAAGAAGAGAUUUUCAGUCUGUGCUUGCGGCCAUAUUGUGAGUCAUCAUUCUGUUAUCUAUGAACUAGGUGUAUCUGUGUUUGACAAGAACCAUAUUUAUUUAUAACAACGUAAUUAUUAGAAAAGAUUCACGAUGGCUGAUCAUUUCGAACUGAAAUGGGAUCCGAAAAACUUAGAAAUCAGGACAAUGUCCGUGGAAAAAACGCUCGAACCCUUGGUCCUUCAAGUGACCACCUUAGUGAAUACCAAUGGUCCGAGCAAAAAGAAAAAGGGCAAAUCGAAACGUUCUAGUGCGCUCGUGAGUACAGUAGAAAAGGCUACGGAAAAUUUUAUUGAGAAAGGCGAACAGAUAGCCUAUGAAAAUCCGGAUAUAACCCAAGAAAUGCUAGCAGCUGUUGAUGAAGUGAGAAAAACUGGAACUCAAAUGAGCAAGGACGCACGCGAGUUUGCUGAAGAGCCGUGCUCAUCGCUCAAACGGAGCAACAUGGUGCGGGCAGCCCGCAACCUGCUGUCCGCUGUUACUCGUCUGUUGAUCCUCGCGGACAUGGUGGACGUCCACUUGUUGCUCAAGUCCCUCCACGUCGUCGAGAACGACAUCGAGAAGUUGAAGAAUGCUUCGAGUAAUGGCGAGUUGUUGGACAACAUCGAGAAAUUUAGGCAGAACGCCAAUGAACUGAUGAAUCAGGCAGCCAAGCGACAGCAGGAGCUGAAAGAUCCGCAGCUGAGGGACGAUUUGGCCGCCGCCAGGGCAGUGCUCAAAAAACACUCGACCAUGCUGCUUACCGCCUCGAAGGUUUACGUUAGACAUCCAGAAUUGGCCGCCGCCAAGGCCAAUAGGGAUUAUGUGCUCAAGCAGGUGUGCGAAGCGGUGAACACGAUCAACGAUGUCGCUCAAGGUCGGGCCCCGCCCACCGCCGGGCCCUACGACGGUCCCGGCGAGCUGGCAGCCGCCCUCGACGACUUCGACGAGCACAUCAUCAUCGAACCGCUCGCCUACAACGAGAUCCACACGCGUCCCUCCCUGGAGGAACGUCUUGAGAGCAUCAUCAGCGGGGCCGCUCUAAUGGCGGACUCUAGCUGCACUCGGGACGACCGCCGCGAGAGGAUCGUCGCCGAAUGCAACGCCGUGCGGCAGGCCUUGCAGGACCUGCUCUCGGAGUACAUGUCCAAUAUGGGCAACAAAGACAAACGGGACAGUUUGGGCAGGGCGAUUGACAACAUGAAGGGCAAAACGAAGGAUUUGCGCCGGCAGUUGAGGAAGGCGGUAGUCGACCAUAUCUCUGACAGUUUCAUGGAGACGAGCAUCCCGCUUCUGAUUUUAAUCAAAGCUGCGCAGAACGGUAACGAGAAAGAGGUGGAGGAGUGCGCGGCAGUGUUCACCGAGCACUCGAAUAAACUAGUAGAGGUGGCGAAUCUGGUGUGCAGCAUGUCGAGCCACGAGGACGGCGUUAAAAUGGUGCGCUACGCGGCCGCCCAAAUCGAUUCCCUCUGCCCGGAAGUGAUAAACGCCGCUCGGAUAUUGGCCGCGCGUCCGCGCAGCAAAGUCGCUCAGGAGAACAUGGACGCGUUCCGUAACACGUGGGAGAACCACGUGCGCGUGCUCACCGAAGCGAUCGACGACAUCACGACCGUUGACGAUUUCCUCGCGGUGUCCGAAAGCCACAUAUUGGAGGACGUCAACAAGUGCGUGUUGGCGUUGCAGGAAAACGAAGCGGACAGUUUGGAGAGGACCGCGGCCGCUAUCAGAGGACGAACCGGUCGUAUAGGCGUGGUCGUAGCCGCCGAAAUGGACAACUACGAACCCUGCGUCUAUACCAAGCGCGUGAUGGAAGCCGUGAAGGUGUUGAACGACCAGGUGAUGCCGAAAUUUACGCAGCGCGUCCAAAUGGCGGUGCAGGCGAUCCUGAGCGGUCAGGACGGGCAACCGACCAAGGAGCUGGACGAGAACGAGUUCAUAGACGCGUCGCGUCUCGUCUACGACGGCGUCCGCGAGAUCCGACGCGCCGUCCUGAUGAAUCGCUCCGACGAGGACCUGGACCCGGAGGACGUCGAGCUGGACGAGAACUACACGUUGGAGACGAAGAGCAAGUCGAGUGCGCAUACCGGCGAGCACGGUGUCGACGAGUACCCGGAGAUUAGCGGUAUCACGACGGCGCGCGAGGCCAUGGGCAAAAUGCCCGAGGAGGACAAGCAGAAGAUCCUGCAGCAGGUGGAAUACUUCAGAAGUGAAAAGUUGAAGUUCGACCGUGAGGUUGCCAAGUGGGAUGACGCGGGUAAUGACAUCGUCGUCCUCGCGAAGCACAUGUGCAUGAUCAUGAUGGAGAUGACGGACUUUACCAGGGGUCGCGGACCGCUAAAGACAACGAUGGACGUCAUCAACGCUGCGAAGAAAAUCUCCGAAGCCGGUACGAAACUAGACAAACUUACGCGGCAAAUAGCGGAGCAGUGUCCCGAGAGUUCGACAAAAAAGGACCUGCUCGCUUACCUACAACGCAUCGCCCUGUACUGUCACCAGAUGAACAUCACGUCGAAGGUGAAAGCGGACGUGCAGAACAUAAGCGGCGAGCUGAUCGUUUCCGGAUUGGACAGCGCUACGUCGCUGAUACAGGCGGCCAAGAACCUGAUGAACGCCGUCGUGUUGACGGUCAAGGCCUCGUACGUCGCGUCAACCAAGUACCCGAGACAGGCGACCGUCGCGUCUCCGAUAGUGGUGUGGCGGAUGAAAGCGCCCGAGAAGAAACCGCUGGUACGGCCGGAAAGGCCCGAAGAGAUCCGUGCCAAGGUUCGCAAGGGAUCGCAGAAACAGGUGCAGAAUCCGAUCCACGCUCUGUCCGAGUUCCAGAGCCCCACCGAGUCGGUAUGAGUCGUACGUUGACGAAAUUAAUAGCAGUCAUUGGGUGCCAAUAUUUCUUAAUUAUGGUUUGUUGAAUAAUGCAAUAUAUGAUUAAGUACUAGGUGAUCGACAGACCAUUUCAUCUUCGUAAAACUAACGAAAAUUUCUAUUUGUUUCUGAAUGCCAAUUUUGGUUGUGGCAACGCUGUGUGAUAUUUUCUCGGCAUUCCUUUUAUAUAUACAGGAUCUUUCUUUUUUUACAGUAUUCUAAGAGCAUUUUUAUAGCAUCUAACAUCUUUUGUUUAUGUAGUGAUACAUAACUGUCACCAUAUAUAUAUUUACAAUUUGUGUUUUCUUUUGGUAUUUGCUAUUUGUAGUGACUGAAAUAAAAUACAAUAAAUAUUUAUCUAUU